UGAGAAUAUAUAUUAUAAUAGUAAUGGGACAAAACUUCCUCCCUCCACCUUCUCCCAUUUCUUCAACCUCAGGUUUCCUUAAACAAAUGGAGAAGAUAAUCAUGAGUUGAGCACUCCAAUCCAAGACGACGAGAUUCCUAUGAGUAUUCCUACCUUGUAUCAUGAUUUAUUGUUUGUUCUUUGAAAAUCACCUAGCUCAUGGCUACAUCAAAGCCAAUAAAGGAAGGAGUAGGAGGAAGAGGAGGAGGAGGAGGAGGAGGAGGAGCACCAACACACCAAAGAAAUAAGAGCAUCACCACCACCACCACCACCACCACCACCACCACACCCACACCCCACUCCGGUCGCCGACCGCCGAAGCAAUCCUCUCUCCCAAACUCCCCCGGCCGCAGCCCCCCUCCCCCGUCGCAAUCCACCGCAGCCGCCUCCUUUCUCCGUCCCACCGUAAGCUCGAGCCGCCACCAACAUACUACUACUACUUUUUCUUCUGCCUCCACUCGUAAGAAACAGAGCACCACCAAGGCGCCAUUAACAACCCUCAAGGACAGUAAGGAGAAAACCCCUAAAGCUUCUUCCUCUUCGCAUAAAACUACAAUUUCUCAUCGGCCUGGUUCGGAUAAAACGUCGGUUACUGCUCCGAAGGGUGCGAGACUGAGUGCGGUGUCGCGGGUGAGGAGCCCCGGGACGGGCACGAGGAAAACAGAGGCCAACCAUGGCUCUCUUUUGAAAACAAGUACUACUGCUACUGCUACUACUACUACUACUAAUAAUAAUAAUAAUAAUUAUGCGGUGGUUAUAGAGAGUGAAGAGGAGAUAGAAAUGAAGAGUGAGAUUGAGGAGAGUGAGAACAUGAGCAUUGCUUCUAUAGAAGACCACUUGGUCGAAGAGCUCCCUGACCCUGUCGAGCCGAAGAGUAGUUCGGAAGCGGCGGCGGCCUCCGAUGCUUCUCCUCCUGAAACAGAGGACCCAUAUGAAGUGAGUGUGGAUGUUGAGGUCGGUCAUGGUGACGAGAAGAAGCAUGAAGAAGAAGCGGAGGAGGAAUGCUCUAAAGGGUUCGAAGAGAAUGCCGCUGCGGCAGUAGAAGACAUUGAAAAGCCGAAAGCAGAAGCAGAAGCAGAAGCAGAAGCAGGGGAAGGGGUGGAGCUGAAGCCGGAAGCAGAAGCUGAAACAGAGAAGAAGCCCAUAUUGGUGGAAGCCGAAACAGAGAAGCCCACAUUGGUGGUGGAAGCUGAAACAGAGAAGUCCACAAUAUUGGUGGAGCCAAGUACGACAACAAUGGCCGAGGCAGCGACGGAGAAGCGAGAAGAGGAGAAGAAGGCGACGGCGGCGGAAACUGCCGCGAGAGCGGCGAGUAGGAAGGAGGAGGCGCCGAAGAGCAACGACGUGAUAGAGAAAGCGAGGAGUAAGCUCCUGGGGGUGAGGAAGAGCAAGGUGAAGGCCCUCGUCGGCGCAUUUGAGACCGUUAUGACCUUCAAAGAAAACGAGAGUCAAACUGGUCAAACUCAGGGAACGGAAGGGGAGGGCGAGUCAACGCAGUCAACGUAGCUGGGUGGAUUUGGUUGGGUUGUGGAAUGAGAUGCGUAUACUCAUAUAAUUAAAAUUUUUUAAAAAAAAACAAAAACAAAAACAAAAACAAAAACAAAAGAAAAAGGUUUGACCCUUAUUAAUGAGACGCACUCCCUCUAUCGAUUAUUGGAUAGCACUGGCUCGAAUCUUAAAGCACGUAAUUGAUGAUAAUUGAUGCUACUGAUAUCAAGGGACGCAUGCAUGCUUUUCAAUCAGAUGCGUGUGAUGAUUUCUUCUUUUUUUCUUUUUUUCUUUUUCUUUUCUGAUGCUCCUCUUCAUUUGAUAAUCACGUCAUUUAAAUUAACUAUGGUGAAUGUUGGUGGGAGGAAAAAUAUGUGGGGGAUCUUUGUUAUAUAUUUGUUAACUUUUAAAUGCGCGUAAAAACGUGAUUUUGUGUUCGCUUGUAA